ACAAUUUUGAAAAUAAAAAACACAAAAAAAAACAAAAAGAGGAAAAAUUCAAAAUGUGAACAAACGAAAUCACAAUUUUGCUGUGUGAACCUUUUCAAAAACCCAAAUAAAAACACGCUGUAAAGUGUAUACCAAAAACAACAUUCCAUUCAUUCCAUCUUUCUCCUUCUCCCCUUCCUUCUCUCUCUAGAAUUCAAUCCAAAAUCAAUCACAGAUUCACAAUGAGCUCCGUUUUCCACCUCCAUAGAAACGAAUCCCUCCCUCUCUCGCAAUCCGCAACACGCGAGGCCUCCUCAGGCCCGGGGAUCCGCCGCCGCCUCUCCUCCCUCUCCCUAAAUCUGAAGAUCCAGCCGUCCUCCUCCUCCUCCGCCGCCGCCUGGGCAAUGCGCCGCUCCAAAUCCAUAUCCUCCAUGGGCGAGUACGCCGGCAGCUCGGUGCGGAGGUUGUGGGGAUGGGGAUGGGGCUGGAUCCUCGCCAGAAAACCUACCUUCGCCGCCGAUCUGGAAAUGAACGAGGACGAGGCCGCCGCCAUCGGCAGCCACAGCAGGGGCAGCUGGCGCCACGUCAUCCACAAGGUCGCCUCGCAGCUGCGUCGCAAGCUGCGGGGAUCCGACGGCGUCGGCCUACCGCAGACGUUCCGCUACGAUUCGUUCAAUUACGCGAAGAAUUUCGACGAUGGAAGGUCCGCCGCUUCUCUCAUUCACUGAAUCUACCAUUCCGUUUAUAUUCGUUGCUGUGAUCUCUGUCACGCGUUGUUUGUAUCAUAUUAUGUGAAUUUGUAUGAUAUUCUUUAAAUUGAUUGAUUAGUUUGGUCUGUAAUUCGUUGAAUUUUGAAGAUGAACGCGUAAUUGUAAAAUGUUCAGCUACAGUCUGGAUUUAUUUAUUUAUUUAUUUAUUUAUUUAUUUAUUUAUUUAUU